GGUCCUUGCCGAAGCUUGUUUCUGACCUGCUCACUGGGGGUGGGUGGCAGGGCCACUUCCUCAGAUGGCAGGCAAGGAGACAGGGGCUCUGCGGCCAGCAGAGGUCCCUUGCAGCUUUCCUGACACAGGCCCGCAGCUCCCAAGCACACAAGGAUGAGGGGGGAGAAUGUCACCAAGGUCAGCGCCUUCAUCCUGCUGGGCUUCCCCACGGCCCCCGCGCUGCAGUACCUGCUCUUCCUCCUCUUCCUGCUCAUCUACCUCUGUGUCCUGGUGGAGAACCUGGCCAUCAUCCUCACCGUCUGGGGCAGCACCCCUCUGCACAGGCCCAUGUACUACUUCCUGGGCUCCCUGUCAUCCCUGGAGAUCUGGUACGUGUGCGACAUCAUCCCCAAGAUGCUGGACGGCUUCCUCCUCCAGCGGAAGCGCAUCUCCUUCAUCGGGUGCAUGACGCAGCUCUACUUCUUCAGCUCCCUGGUGUGCACCGAGUGCGUGCUCCUGGCCUGCAUGGCCUACGACCGCUACGUGGCCAUCUGCCACCCGCUGCGCUACCAGGUCAUCGUGACCACGGGGCUGUGCUUGCAGCUGGUGGGCUUCUCCUUCCUGAGCGGCUUCACCAUCUCCGUGAUCAAGGUCUACUUUAUCUCCAGCGCCACGUUCUGUGGCUCCAACGUCUUGAACCACUUCUUCUGUGACAUCUCCCCCAUCCUCAAGCUGGCCUGCACGGACUUCUCCACUGCAGAGCUGGUGGACUUCAUCCUGGCCUUCCUCAUCCUGGUGUUCCCGCUCCUGGCCACCGUGCUGUCCUAUGGGCACAUCACCCUGGCCGUCCUGCGCAUCCCCUCGGCCACUGGCCGCUGGAAAGCCUUCUCCACCUGCGCCUCCCACCUCACUGUGGUCACUAUCUUCUAUACGGCCUUGCUCUUCAUGUAUGUCCGGCCCCAGGCCAUUGAUUCGAGGAGCUCCAACAAGCUCAUCUCUGUUUUGUACACGGUCCUCACACCAAUGGUGAACCCCCUGAUCUACUGCCUGAGGAACAAAGAAUUCAAGGAUGCCUUGAAAAAGGUCUUUGGCUUGGGUGCAGCUCCUGUGUAGGAAGCCUAGCUUCUGCUCUUCCUGUCCAAGCUCGGAGAAUGUCCAGCCUCUCUGAUGGGGCCACUCAGGUGCCGUGAUGGGAACUCGUGCAUGGUGCAGUGCUGCGGGGACUUAAAAAUGACUUCCCCAUCCUUUCGCUCCUUCAGCUCAUGGAGGUUAGUAAUGUAGACACUGUUGUGGGGUCAUAAAGCCAUUGUUUUUCUUCAUUUCAUGUUAGAGCAAAGCAAGAGUGGGUCGAGUUUAGUUUUCCUCAUCUUUAAAAUUACCGUGCACAUUUCAGACAAAAGCAGAAGAGUUGGCAUUUUAAAGUCCUCAGUAAAUUUCUGUGCCUCUGGGUAUGAGAAUGCUCACCUGCCUGACGAGUUGACUCCAGGUGGCCCCAAAGCAGAAUGCCGGGGAACUCCAAGAGCCUGUUGCAUUUUGUUUUGUUUUGCUUUUUAUUUUUUUUUUAAUUGCCAGAGGGUGUAUGCA